CUUGCUGAGAACCUGCUACUGCUUUUCUAUCGAGACUGCAGUUGUAGCUCCGCGAGCGAUAGAGACGCUCUGUCUUUCCUUGAAAUACGACUGUUGAGCGAAAUUAGGCUACUUCCAUGUCAAAAACGAAAUGCUACCUUUUAAUUUGAUUAGAUGACAGUAAUGAAUUGUCAAGUAAAAGUACAUUGACUCACGGUGAUAACCUUUGCUGAGGCUUUGACACUUGGAACAGUGUCAAACGAGAAGUGAGAAGAGCUAACGACCUCCCCUACCCCCCUCUCUACGACUUUUACCUCCUCUAAGAUGAGUGCCAAGUCAGCCAUCAACAAAGAGGUGUUCACACCCCACGAUGAGAAGAUGCUGGUGGCUGUGCAGGUGAAGAGGAGGACCAAGAAGAAGAUCCCCUUCCUGGCUACUGGAGGACAGGGAGACUACAUGACCUUCAUCUGCCUCUCGGUGACGAAUAAGAAGCCGUCCCAUGUGUCCAUCACCAAGGUGAAGCAGUUCCAGGGCUCAUUGUCCUUCAGUAAGAGGUCAAUGUGGACCAUCGACCAGCUGAGGCAGGUCAACGGCUGUGACCCCAACAGAGACUGUCCGGAGUUUGACUUGGCGUUCGACAAUGCCUUUGACCAGUGGGUGGCUGGUUCGGCCGGCGAGAAGUGCACCUUUAUCCAGAUACUCCACCACACUUGCCAGCGCUACAGCUCUCAGAGCAAGCCAGAGUUUGUCAACUGUCAACCCAAACUGCUGGGAGACGAUGAAACUGUAGAUUCAGUCGUUUUCUGUUGCAAGGUCUUUUUGAACAGAAUGAGGAAAGAAGUUGUUAUAAACAGUCGACGGCAAGGUCGGCAUCUACUUUUACGAGGUAACAGUAUACUCCACUCGGCAGCAGACAGUGUGACCAGCGCUGUACAGAAGGCCAGCCAGGCGCUGAACGAGCGAGGGGAGCGCUUAGGCAGGGCUGAGGAGAAAACAGGGGAGAUGAAGAACAGUGCUGAGCAGUUCGCCGUCACUGCACACAAGCUGGCCAUGAAGCAUAAGUGUUAAACUUUGGGGAGAGGUGUCCAGCAAGCGUGCCAGACGCCAUAGGGCGGGUUUCAGGUUGUAUUAUUUGUAUUUCUUGUAACGAAGGUAACACCUAUUUGUUUCUAACGAAGAAGAUCUGAUGACGAGGAGGUGGGAGGGAACACAGAUGAGACAGUUGAGAUCAAAUGUUUCACGGCUAACUCUUCUUUAUCUCCCUCCAUUGCUCCCAAAGUACUCCUUGACCUUUACUGUGACAAACCAUGGAAAUUACUGACUAUGGUCACUGCCCUCCCCUCCCCACCCCAACACACACACACACACACACACACACACACACACACACACACACACACACACACCACCACCACCGUCCAAAGCCCCCUAAAAGGAACAGGUCUUCAACUCCCUCAAAGAAGUGACUUUACAUACGGUGCUGGAAGAGGAGAAUUUAACUGCAGCAGAGUGUAUGACAUGACACAUGCAUAUCAUAUGAUGGCUUUUUUACUGUACUUAGUCAGCAAUGUACACCCCAGUAUGUGAACCUCAACUUGUCUAAAGGAGAUGAGCUCUUCACUCUCUUUUGUCGUUUGACUAUUUGGCAUCAUAUUGUUUUGAAAAGCUCAUUGGUGCAUACAUUCAUUUCAGACAUAGUAUUAGCCAAAUGUGUGGAGGACAUUCAUGUUGCUUCUAAAAACUACUGCUGCAAGCUUACAUUUCAACCAAUAUGGCAUGUUUUCCAAGUUUAAUGUUCUGCAAAACAGUCUGUGAACUAUUCAUUAAAGUGACAAAGGGUUCAGGUGCAUGGUCUAACAAAAUACACUUUCAUUACAAAAGGUUGAAUAAAACCCACACAGAAAAAACAAGUAUUUAGGCUUCACUGUUGCUAUUUCUUAAGUGUUAUUGAAGCACUUGGUUGUAUGGACGAGAUCAGACGGUUUAUUGUAAGGUAAGAGACUACAGUAUCGUUGUAAAUUAGCUAGUGUAACAAGCUUAUAAGACUGUAAUCAGAUAAUUCUACCACAAUAUACAAUGUAUUUGGUGUCGAAUCAUCCCUGUAAAUAUAAUUUUGAUUGUAACCCUUUCAACUCCAACCUUGGUCACAUCUUGUACUUAUAGUUUAACUUGUGUUUAUAUAAAGUUUUUUGUUCUGAUAUGUAAAACAGCAUAUUGACACAUCACUAGCAGCAUUGUACAAUAUUGGUCUGCAUUCACUGUGUGUAACCGUGGCUUCCUUACAAGCAAUUUGAAGCAAGUAAACCACCCUCAGUGUGGAUAUGUCUUGUUUAUUACGCUUAUUUUUUGGAUUUGUCCAACCGUCACAAUGCACUUGACAACCUUACCUUGCAGAGAGCACGGUUAAGUUCUUACUGAAAUUCUAGUUGCCUCAAAUUCUAAUCCGCUUCAUCCUUACAUUUUGGAUGUUCAUUGUUUUAAUAAAAAAAGUCAUUUGUCU